CUGACAAUAUAUGACGAAUGAACAGAACACCAGCAAAAUAACUUAAAGUAAAGACAGAAAAGAAGAGAAAAACUUUUGUGCAUUUUACACCAUAUGUCAGAGUGGUGUUAGAGAAACGUGGGAAAAGAACGCGCAGAUGGAUGAAGAUGAAGAGCACCGUGCCCUCACUUUGUGGAUCAAGAAUAACAUCCAAAAGUACGAAAGGUGCAGCAACUCGAAGACAGACUACCCUGAUCAAGCCAUUCAGCCAGAGGAUGUCACCAGGCACACACAGGGACCUGUCUCCAAGAUGCCAACUGAUGCUUUUGGAGACAUCUUUAGAAGUUUGGGGAAAAAGACUGGCAAGUAUGCAAGAGUGUCUGCAGACACACCAUCUGAGACACUCUACCAGUUACUGACUGAACAGUGGAAACUUUCGCCUCCCAAUCUGCUCAUCUCAGUGACUGGUGGAAACAAGAACUUCGACGUGAAGCCCCACCUGAAGAAUGUUUUCCACAGGGGACUUAUUAAAGUGGUCCAGACUACAGGUGCGUGGAUCAUCACUGGCGGUACGCACACAGGUGUAAUGAAGCAUGUGGGGCAGGCUGUGAGAGACUAUGGCCUGAGUAACUCCAUGCAGGGUAAAAUAGUGGCUAUUGGAGUGGCAACAUGGGGAGUAAUUCAUAACAGAGAUGACUUGGUGAACGAAGAUGGUUGUUUCCCAGCUGAUUAUGUAAUUAACACACAAACUGAGGGUGACCUGGCCUGUCUUGAUAACAAUCAUACACACUUCCUGCUGGUUGAUGAUGGGACCAAUGGAGUCUAUGGCAGGGAGAUUGAGCUGCGUGCCAGACUAGAGAAAUACAUCUCAGGAAAACAUCUUGGAAAUGAAGAGAGUGAUACAACCAUCCCAGUGGUUUGUGUGGUAUUGGACGGCGGUUUGGCGGCACUUCAUACAAUCUACAGUGCCAUGCUGAACGACACACCGUGUGUGAUCCUGGAGGGAUCUGGGAGGAUAGCAGAUGUUAUCGCUCAGGCAUCUAGAGAGCCGCUUAGCAAGGUCAACAUUGCUUUCAUUCAACAGCUGAUUAAGAAGUUUUUCAGUCAAGAAGAGUAUGAAAAAUUCAAAGAAGUCGAGAAAAUACAGUCGACAUUAAAGAUUCAGGAGAUCAUCAACAGACGUCAUUUGCUGACAAUAUUCAAUGCAAGUGAGGAAGAUCACAGGGAUAUGGACAUGGUCAUACUUCAGGCUCUUCUCAAUGUGCCGAAGACUGGCGAAUCACAGGAAGCUGAGUCCCGGAGGAGGAAGCUGGAGCUCGCUAUAGCCUGGAACCGAGUGGACUUAGCCAAGACUGAGAUUUUCACUGAGGAAAGUCAAUGGAAGUCCAGGGACCUCCACUGGGCCAUGACUUCAGCGCUGGUUGGCGAGAAGCCUAAGUUUGUGAGUUUGCUGCUGGAGAACGGCGUGAUUCUUGGGGAGUACCUGAAGGAAGAGGGCAUCCUGUUAAAGCUCUACAAACAGCUGCCCAACUGCUAUUUCUCUCACAAGCUGGCUGAGAGGGUGAAACGUCAAGUUGAAAAAAAGUGUAAAACGGCAAAGGCAUGUGACGAGGAAGUAAAAGUACUAAAUGCUGUCUCUGCUGAAGUGCGCAACCUGCUAGGAAAAUUCACAAAGAAAAUAUACCCGGAUGGCCAGUCCAAACACCAAACCUUACGCAUUCAGCUUGACACCAGUAGGCUACAACCAGUAUGCCACAACAAGAAAAACUGCCUACUUUUUUUUUUUAAAACGGAAGAAGGUGGAGAUAACUCAGAGGAACCUCAGAGGGAUGCAGGCAGUGAGCUUUUCCUUUGGGCUGUUGUCCAGAACAACAAGGAGCUGGCUGAAAUCGCAUGGAAGCAGUGUAAUGACUGUGUGGUUGCUGCGCUGGCUGCCAGUAAGAUCCUGAAUAAAAUGGCAAUGGAGGAAAGUGACACAGAUGAGGCUGCUGACAUGCGGGAGCUUGCCGAUCAAUAUAAAGCUCACGCGAUUGGUGUGUUCAGCGAGUGCCACCGCAAUAAUGACAAGCGCGCCCAGAAGCUGCUGAAUCGAAUAUCUAGCUUUUGGGGCAAAACAACAUGCCUGAGGCUGGCUGUGGAGACUGAUGAUAAAAACUUUGUGGCCCAUUCAGGUGUUCAGGCUCUUCUUACUCAGAUCUGGUGUGGUAAACUGUCAGCUGACAAUCCUGUGUGGAAGUUGCUGAUCUGCAUGGUUUUCUUCCCACUGAUCUACAUGAACUUUCUGGUUUUCAGUAAGGAUGAAAGGAAAACUAAGAAGAACGUUGAUUUGAAGGCUGCGGAGAAAGCGACAGGAAGCACUUCCGAUAUCAAUCGCCAGCAGGAUGAGGAGCCUCUAAACUGCUGGUCCAAACUGGAGGGACUGUACUCCGCUCCUCAGGUCAAGUUUUACGCAAACAUCGUCUCGUACUUCGCCUUCCUGUUCCUGUUUGCUGUGGUGCUGAUAACCGACUUCCAAAGCGCGCCAUCGCUAAGAGAGCAGCUGCUCUACGUCUGGGUGUUGUCAUUGAUAUGUGAGGAGUUCAGACAGUUGGUUGAUAAUCCUGAUAGUUCUCGGUUUUGUAAGAAAGCCAAGAUGUACUUUACAGAGCUGUGGAACAUUUUGGACGUCCUUUCCAGCCUGCUGUUCUGUUUAGGACUUGUAUUCAGGCUGACAACCGAGCUGUUCUACACAGGUAAAAUCAUCCUGUGCAUCGACUUUGUGGUCUUUUGCCUCCGACUCAUGGCAAUCUUUACCAUCAGUCGCACGUUGGGACCUAAAAUCAUCAUAGUCAAGAAGAUGAUAAUGGAUAUGUUCUUCUUCAUGUUUCUGCUGAGCAUCUGGGUUGUAGCGUAUGGUGUCGCCAAGCAAGGCAUCCUCAUCCAUAAUGACAGUCGGUUAUCCUGGAUCAUCCAGGGAGCCAUUUACGAGCCGUACCUCAUAAUAUUUGGAAAUUUCCCUAAAGAUAUUGACAAUUCUGACUUCAGUAUAGACUCAUGCAGCAUGAACGGUACAGACCCUCUGAAGCCCAAGUGUCCUGUGCUGAAUGAAAACCAAAUGCCGGCAUUCCCCGAGUGGCUGAACAUCAUCAUGCUAUGUGUUUACUUGCUCUUUGUCAACAUAUUGCUGCUCAACCUGCUCAUAGCAAUCUUUAACUUCACGUUCCAGGAAGUGCAGGACAACACUGACAAGAUCUGGAAGUUCCAAAGAUACGAGCUGAUUAAGGAAUACUACCGCCGCCCUGCCACUGCGCCCCCUUUAAACAUUUACAGUGUUUUCCAUUACUUCUAUUUGAAGAUAAUGAGGCGCAACAAACCCAGAAAACACAAUGAAUUCAAGAUUCAGCUGAAACCUGAAGUUGAAAAGGACCUGUUGCACUGGGAGGGCUUGAUGAAGGACAGAUACCUGCUGUCUGCCCGACAGGAGCAGAGUCAGAGCACUGAGAGGUGCAUCCUGGAUACAUCCCAAAGGGUUACCAUCUUAAACGAAGAACUGGAAAAAAAGACUAAUGCAAUGCUGAGGAGACUGGAGAAACUAGAGGAGCAGGUCACCCAGUCAACCACAGCACUGCAGCAGAUUGUGGACAUUCUGAAACCUCAGAGUGCUCCUGCAAAGGAAUCUCAGCCACAAACCUCAACGGUGCCAGAUGACUCUUCCGUCUCUCAGAGGAAUGCAGGAGAGCAAGAGGUGAGCAGCCAGAAGGAGUUGAGCCGGAGACCAGAUCCCACUGUGCAGAUCCCUGAGAUGCUCAUGAACCACCUGACAGGUCAGCAGACACUUUCAGACACCUAA